AUGGAUUCCAAUUCAUAUACUCCGACAUCAAACUUUGUUGACCUUCUUCAAAGCCAGCAGAAACACACUGUCUUUGGUUAUGUUCAAGACAGUGUCGAGCCAUGUUCCUCACAAGUCCCUCUAUUUUUCACUCAACCCACGAAAGUUUCAAUUCCAAGUCAAGACACUCCUGCAGAGCGUAUUCAAAGGAGGAAGUGGACGCCUAUUGAUGAUGUUGUCCUCAUCAGCGCCUGGUUAAACACAAGUAAAGACCCUGUUGUUGGGAAUGAGCAAAGAGCUGGUGCUUUCUGGAAAAGAAUAGCUGCCUACUUUGCGGCAAGUCUCAAGGUGGCAGCUUGUGAACAGAGAGAGGCUAGUCAUUGUAAGCAAAGAUGGCAGAAGAUCAACGACCUUGUCAACAAGUUUUGUGGGUCGUAUGAAGCUGCAAGUAGAGAGAAACUACUACUCGGUCAUGUCUGGAAAAUUUUGUGGAAGAAAUAA